GCGAGGUGUGCCGCUGGUAAAAGAUCCGCCUGUCGCUUCUUGUUUUGUCUUCAUGUGCGACCUUUUUUGCGAGUUUGGUGUGGAGAGCAACUGAAAGCGACGACAAUGAAGCCUGUCAAGUGCAAGCACGGCAGAGUACGAGAUGAGCUUUGAUCUGGGCGGCCCUCCCAUGAAGGACACCCUGAAGAUGAUGAGCGACAUGAUCCUGCUGGCCGCCACUUUGGCGCUUUCCCUCUUCUUCUGGACGCUUUCCCUGACCCUCAGCGCAUAUUCCGGGUCACUGCAGCCCGUGUCGCCGUGGCGAUGGCUCUUCUCCAUCCUGGUGCCGUUGGUGCUGACCAUUCGAGCCCGAAAGAGACGCAGCCUGGAUUUGUCGGGCGCGCUGGGAGCACUUUUUGUGGGCUUCGUGCUGACCAUGGCCAACUUCAGCUUCUUCUCGUCCCUGCUGGCCUUUUUCGUCACUUCGUCCAAACUGACGCGCUGGGGUGCCGCGCGCAAGAAGAAAAUUGACGCCGACUACAAGGAAGGGGGCCAGCGAAACUGGAUGCAGGUACUCUGCAACGGCGGCGUUCCCACGCAGCUGGCGCUGCUCUACAUGAUCGAGGCGGGCCCCGGCGAGACGCCCAUCGACUUUGGCCGGCAGUACACGGCGUCGUGGCUGUGCCUGUCGCUGCUAGGGGCGCUGGCGUGCAGCGCGGGCGACACCUGGGCCUCCGAGGUGGGGCCCGUCCUCAGCCGGUCUCGCCCCAGGCUCAUCACCACCUGGCAGGAGGUCCCUGAAGGUACCAAUGGCGGCGUGACUCACACGGGCCUGGUGGCCAGCUUCCUGGGUGGUCUGGCGGUGGGCGGGGCCUACUGGGCGGCUCAAGUGCUGUUUGUCGGCGAGCUGCAGCAGUGCGCCCCCCAGUGGCCGCUGGUGCUGUACGGGGGCGCGGCCGGCCUGCUGGGCUCCCUCCUCGACUCCCUCCUGGGAGCCAGCGUGCAGUACUCGGGUUUCGACACCAGCGUGGGCAAGGUGGUGAGCUACCAGUCGCCCACCACGCACUGGAUCAGCGGCAAACCCAUCCUGGACAACAACACCGUCAACCUCUUCUCGUCCAUCCUGGUGGCCAUCGGCCUGCCCGGGAUGGCUUGGGGCUUGUGGCCGCACUAGGGAGAUAGAUAUCAGGGGUGGGGGCUCCGCUCCAGUCCAGGCAGCGACGGGGAAACCGAGAACUUUGUUUUAUGGGCUUCGUUUGAAAAUAAAUCAAGCGCAAAUCAGCUUGGCGUGUGCUUCCUCCACAAGUGACCCGAAUC